AUGUUCGACUCGUCCUUCUCGUACUCUUCGGAGCAGCCCCUCUCUAGAGCAGCUUCCGACAACACUGCGCUAAGGCUGUUGCACGAUAUGAAUCUCAUCAUGCACUUGAACCCCGACUGCAAGGGCAUCAAACUCGUUUCGGACCCAUCAGCAAUUCCACAAGAAUAUAAGGUCGAAGACAGUCUGGCGUUCGUGCCCAAGAAGCUUUGGAGCGGAGGCGUUUGGUACACAGCAUUCUUCAAGCCUCUCGAAGACGGCUGCGACAUCACAAUUCAAGCACCUGGUGGCUUUACUUCCGUCAACAAGUGGCGUCUGGUCAGGAAGCCAGAUGGUUCACGAGCCAUCUCGAUCACAAGUGACGCAAAGUGCAGCAAGACUUUUGCGUACUUUGUCAAGAAGUUCCUAGAGACUCAGCAUGGUCAACUACAACGCACAUUCAACGAGAGAGUCGAGUCGGUGGUCAGACCCGGUAUUCCCCGACGAAGAUCAUCAAUGCCUGGAUCUUUCAGAACGAUAGGCAGCGCUCGAGACAUGGUGGUCGCCUAA